GCAGGAUGGUGCUGCGGCGGGUGCUGCUGGCGCUGCUCAGCAACCCGCACCUCAUCGAGAAGCUCUCCGAGUCGCGGCCCAUCCGCGCCGCCGCCCGUCUCACCGCCAGCGCCAUCACCCGAGGGCAGCUGGGCGCCCGCCGGGCGGCGAGGGACCUGCAGCCCGGCCUGACCCGCCUGCGGGACGCCUUCCUGGGGCGGCUGAAGGACGGCGGCCAGCCGCGGGGCUGGCCGGAAUCCCCCGGGAGGGGAUCGGGACCGGGACGGGGACCGGGACGGAGCGGCCGGCCCUGA